AUGGCGUGGCUCAAGGAUUUUGUCGACAAGGCGACGGAGGAGUAUAGGAAGGAAAUGCAGUUGGAGAAGGAGAGACAGCAGCAAUUUGCGGAGCAUCAGCUGAGAAAAGAAGAGCAGAGAAGCUUAAGGCGUGGGCGGGCUGGGCAGGGUGCUUCGUCUCAGCAGCAGUAUGGACAGUCGACUUAUCAACAGCCUCAGAGUCAACAGUAUGGACAACCUCAAAGCCCGCAGUACCAAACUCAACCACCUCAAUACUAUGGGCAACACCAAAGUCCACAAUAUCCGUCUCCUUCAGCACCAUACAAUCCACAGCCAAACUAUCAGACACCUCCGCAAUCACCAGAGACAAUAGACCGCAGAACUCAGUACUACGCCGACCUGGCCAAAUUCCAAGCCCAAGCACAAGCGGACGCAGCAAAAGAACAAGCGACCUACCAAGCCCAAGCAAAGACACAAGCACAGCAGCUCGAAACGCAAUGGCGCGAAGCGGAACGACUCGCGGCACAGUACAAAGCCGAAUACCAAGCACAAAUGAGGCAAGCAGAGGAACAAAUGGCGAAUAUGGAUAUUGAACGGAAUAAUGAAGCGGAGAGGCGGAGGGCGGAGGAAGAAGCGGCCAGUUUGAAGUUGGGUCAGGAGGAGCUUGUGAAGGAGCAGAAGAUGUUGUUUGCCGAGAUUAAACGACAGAGACAACAGCAGAAGAGGGGAGGGGAUGAGCAUGAAGAGAGACCGCCUUUACCGCCGAGGGUUAGCACAGAGGAUGCUGCACCGCCUUUACCGAGGAGACAGGUUUCUGUAGCUGAAAGUGGAGGUGGAAGUCCAAGUUCCAGAAGGUCGACUCCUUAUCAUUACUCUGGUCAGAAGGAGUCGCCUCUUCCACCUCAGAGUCCUCAGGCUACUCGAGCUCCUCAGGCUCCUCAGACUCCCAAGACUCCUCAGACUCCCAAGACUCCUCAAGCUCCUCAGAGUCAUCAAAGUUUCCAGGCUCCUCCACCUCCCCCGCCCCCUCCUCAAGCUUCUCAGGGCCCUGCAUCGUCUGCUCCCCCUCCACCGCCGCCACCACCUGGGCCUCCUCCAGUACUGUCCACGGGCCGAAAUCAGAAGCAGGGUGCCGGACAGGCUCCUCAACGACAGGUGCCUCGACCACAGACAAAGACACAGGAGCAGGUAGUUCCAGGACGAAGCCCUUUCACUCCACCAACCCCCGAGUCACUUCGGUCACAUAAACUAAGAAAAUCUUUCCAUACACCAUCUCCUUCCACCGAGAGUAUCCCCUCUCAACAACCGCCAGAGACUGCACCUUCUUCACCUCAUCCAGUCCGAAGUCCCCGUCAACAGAAAUCUCCCCCUUCUACUCCAUCGAAAAAACCUCCUCGUGUGAGGACGCCAGAACCCGCAUGCAGACAUCCGAGUGGUGCCAAGCCAGGAGCCGAAUGCACAGGAGCUCUGACUUCUUUCCCUCAAGACUGGUUCUAUUAUCCCUCGGUUCCUGAAUUCGUCAUUUGCACUCGAUGCUACGUUGAUCAUAUCUACGAUACCGAGUUUCGCAGCUCGUUCAAAAAGACCUUUCACAGCGAUGGUGAAAAGCGCAAAUGUCGUUUCAGCAGCCGACGUGUCAAAGACCACCUCUUCCCUGCGGCGAUCAAGUCUGGAAGUCUGGAUCAGCUUGUCGAGUUUAUGCAUAAGAGAAUCACCAUCAAAGACUGCAGGGAGCAGAAUGCCGUUGAGGGGGAGCUGUGGUACAAGGCAGCCGACAUCCCCAACGGGACCAUUUGUCAGGCUUGUUUCGAGGAUGGUCUCAUUACUUCCUCGUUUGCCAAAUACUACGCCCUUCAAGAGAGUCAAGGAGGCACCAACUGCGAUUUGAGCAUGUGGUUUCUCAAACGCAAGUUUAUGGAGUACGCCAAAGAGAAUAGAUGGCAGGAGUUUUGUCGACAAUUCAAUGACAGAGCGCAGCUACCGGAUUGUCCAAAGCUCAACGUCGUCAAGGCUAGUAACUAUACGUGGUAUAAGCCUAAAUCUGGACCAGAGGGGCUGCAGGCUUGCGGGGCGUGUUACCAUGAUUACUUCCUAGCUUCAGAGGAUGAAGACAAAUGGAAUCAGGUUGUUGGCGGUGACUUUGGCACGAGAUGCAAUUUGGGCCAACUGAACCAUGUCAUCCCCAUGCACCAGGCCAUGGAUGAUGAGGACAGAAGUCUCUUUUGGAACGCGGCGAAGGAAAUUGACAAGUAUCCGUUUUGCAACAGUCAAGGCACCAAGGGUGGUGUUUGGUACACACCUGUUAACGAUGCACCGUGGGGUAUCUGCGCUGCAUGUUAUGAGGGCAUCGUGAAGCCAGUCGGAGGAUCGAGGUGGUUUAUGAGAGACACAGAUGUUACGCCCGAUGGCGUGUACAUGUGUGGCUUCAACUUUGGACACCCGCGCGCAUUCAAAGCUCUGGAAACAUACGCCAAUGCCCGGAACUGGGGAGACGGCAGGAUGCUUCUUGACUGGGCUGCACAAUGGGGCUCGGUCGAGCCAUGCCCGGGGAUCAAGUUCAGCAAGAACAGGCGUUGGUGGGGAUGGGGAGAUGUAGCCAUCUGCGAGGAAUGCUAUAAUUCUUUCGCCAAAGGGACAGCUCUGGAGCCCCAAUUCGCACUCACAGGCCAGAAAGAACCCGAAAAGGAACGCAUGUGCGAUCUGUUCUCGCCUCGUAUGAGGGGCCUAUACAACGACGCAUGCACAACAGGUAAUCUGGAAGGGUUCCUCAUAAUGGCAGAGCAGCGACAUAUUGUCUACACCCAGACUAUUAUGCAAUGCGAAGAGAUCCUCAACCAGCAAAAGAUAGCUGCGAUGCAGGCACAGAUGUUGGGCACGCAGGGCACCUUCUACAAGAGCAUGGGAAUGACGCAUGAUUUGACUGUGGGACAUACACACACGGUUGGGAACGCAUAUGCUGGGUAUGGUCAUGAGAAUGAGUAUGUGCUUCAGGGACAUAUGUUUGAUAGACAGGCGAGGGAGAAGGCGGCUGAGGUGAUGAGUGGUGGGCCAACAAUGAAAGUGCAGAUGCUUGAGGCGAGGUGGAAAGAGGUUGAGUGA